AGGUGGAUUUCAGGCAUGCGCAUAAUAGCUAGGUUCGCCCGGGCUAAAUCUAGACAUCGCGCUGCUUUGAUUAUAUGCUGACGUAUACGGGAAUUAAUUAAAUUUGUUAAGUGAAUAAGUGUUAUAGUGUGAUUAAUUUCGCAUUAAAAUUGUAUAUCGUGACCUUUCCGUCAAAAUUUGCCAAAAUUUCGCUGAUCUUCAAAUAUUUAUUAUUUUACUUUGCGGCGGUCGAAGCUAGGAGACAAAAAUGGCUGCGGAAGCAGAUGGCUUUGAAGAACAAAAUAGCGCGGCGGAACCGCUCAUCACGGAAAAGGAAAACAUCAAUGAAGAAGAAAAUGUCGGCAAUGAACUCAAUGAUGGAGAAAAUGACAAUCUAAGUAAACCGGACCCCCCCAAUGAAUCAGAUAUAAGCCAAGAUGAUAGCGAAGCUGAAAGUACCGAAAAGGGACUGAAUUGGCCCAUGCAUGAGCGCUGUGUGCAUGGAGAAAUCAAUGAGAUCUGGGUACCCUUUGAUAAAAGCGAGGUUUACUCUCGCUUAGCAGAACCUUAUGAAUUGCCUUAUGAACUGCCACCGUUCGGCGAUUACAUUUUUUGUGAGUGGUCGGAAGUGGAACAUUUGUUAAUGACGGCUAUUGAAUUUGCAGAAGAAGAAUAUAAUGGUGAUCGGUCAUCAUGUCCUUCUCCGACUGGCAUGGGCCUGUAAGCUGCAGGAUGAAAAAAAAAAACCUACAUUUUGCGUUUCAGUUAUUUUGAUUUCUGUAACAAAUAAUUGUUUUUAACUCAUUAGUAUUUUUAUUAAUUUAUAUUGUUUAUACUUACAUUUAAUCAAACAUCCGAAUAAUUACUACAAGAAACUCCCGAUACCACAACAUGUAGCAUAUUGUAAUUUGCUGCCUGCUUGUCAUAUAUAAAGUUACGAUUUAAUUAAAUUGAUGCUGUUUGUUUCUUCUUAAUUCUAUAUUGAUGUCAUAUUGAUGUGUAGAAUAGUGUCAUUGGGUUAUACUUAGCCUUAAUGACUAAGUAGGUACUAUAGGUACUCUGUUUUAGUAAUAAGUUAGGUUAAGCUGUCUGCUUGGAUUUUUACUCGUCCAAUCUUCGCUUACUCAUUUCUAGUAACUAUAUAUGUCCUACGUAGGUACUCGGUAACUAUAUAUGCUUGAAUAUCAUUGUUAUAUAAUAUAUACUUUCGACUACUAAUUAUUACAAAUAUAAUAUAAUUUAUUUUGCUAAGAUAAUAUUAUGUUUAUAAUGUUAAGUCAACUUUCUGUAUUUCACAUAAUUUCUGUAAGUUCACUGUUGCAUACUACAUCAGUAAUUGUAAUGAGUAACUUUCAGGUCCAUAAAAAUAGAUAUUUUGGUAUAAUAAUUCAAUUAUACAUACUUAGCUGCCAGUUGAAUAUCAACAUAACGUCUGUUAGACAACUAUUACAUACAUAUUUCAAAGUAACCUGGUGAUUUCUAAGAUUUUGUUAUACAUAUGUUAGUAUAAUUUGCUCAAAUCCAAUCGUAUUUUUUAAACAUUGGCAAAAAGUGCACCAGAUUCCAAAUAUAA